GUUCCAACUUUCAGAAUAGUAGCGACAACUGGUGAUUGCUGUAAUUCAUGGUCUUCAAGUCCCCCAUAUCGCCGCCAUGGUAGUCAAGAUCCGUCUCGCCCGAUUUGGGCGCCGAAACCAGCCCUUCUACAAUAUUGUCAUUGCCCAUGCCCGGACGGCUCGUAACUCCCGCCCACUCGAGGUCAUUGGCACAUACGACCCAAUUCCUAAGCCCGACCCUUACGACACAUCCGGAAAGCUCCAUAAGGAUAUCAAGCUCGAUAGUCAGCGCGCGAAGUACUGGAUCGGUGUUGGUGCACAGCCCACAGACACAGCCUGGAGGUUACUCUCUAUGGUGGGUAUUCUACCAAAGAAGCAAUUUGGUCCUAAGCAAGACAACGCAAAGGGCGUCGUAGACCGGGAGAAGGUCAGAAUUAGAUGAGUGGCUCGAGGGUUGUACGAUAUGUACGAAAAGGCAUCUCCGGGCGUUGGUUCCACGACGAUAUCACGAAGUUCAUUCAGAUAGAGUCAAAAAACCAAAGUCAUAUCAAGAAAUACUGGGGCUGGCACAGGCUGCUGGAUCUAAGACCUGUGCAGCGAUUGGGGAAGACUGUAUGAUAUUUAUUGGAAAGUUUCACGUCACGACGGCCAAUUCAUUUUUUUUUCGCUAUUGUAAUUGUAUUGAAGCGCUACCCAAUACCAUGUCUAACUAAGUUUAAGCCAUCUAUUGAAGCAGAGACGCUGAGAAAAACAUCAUGUGCCCCU